UAAAUCUCUUAAAUAAACGUGACGCCUGAUAAAAGCGCAACGGACACUUGAUUAGAAUUCAUUUAAAAGUUCCUAAAUUAUUGGCGUGUGAAUUUUUAUCUUUAAACGUGGCUCUUUAAGAAUUUAUGAAGAUUUAUUGUACUAAAGAUAUAGGUUUAUUGCAUAUAAACUGUAUAUGCGAAACUUAUAAGAGAUAAGGAAUCUCGACGACAACGACGCGAGGGAAGACGUUUACGUCGUGAACAACGUCAGGCAACAACCAUGACGUCAACAGUGGCACUUUCGAUGACGUCAGACGGAACACGUAGUACUAGUAUCACAGACAGACACACGUUUGCCGUUGCUACGACCUCACCGUUUCCGAGAAAGAUCACACUCACAAAGUCGGAGAGUUUGCAUUUUAACAGCCAAGAUCAUAACAGUAAUGGAAAACAUCGAGGUUUACGUAAGCAUGAGAGUUUCAGUUACGGGAACUAUUCGAAAGCUUCUCUCAUUGGUACAUUGAAAGAGGUGGCCGAAGAAGGUUCAUCCAAUCGUGGAACAGCUUGGAGUUCAAAAGGUCAAGGUACAAGUUUUGGGCGGUCUGAUUGGUCGCGUUAUUCACGUGAACCGGAAGCGAAAGAGGAAAUUGAGGGUAACGCCGAAAAUGACGUCACUCCAAUGGCGUCACCAGAACUAAAAAGUGCUGAUAGUAAAACAGAGGAUACAAGCAGCAUUGAUAAAUUUAAUAUGAGAAACACCGAUUGCUCUUUGACCGACAAGAAAGCAUUGUCUUUGAAAAGAAAUAUACCAGCAAGGGCGGGAAGUGUUGGACGUUACGAUUGGUCCAGACAUUCACGUGACCCUGAAAAUGAACAAGUCGAAAACCAAGGUAAGAAAAAAACUGUUAAUUAUACUGACGAAACCACUCAAAAGACUCCUGACGAACAAAAUAGAACACAUUUGACAUUUUCUGACGGUGAAUCAGAAGCUAGAGAGUCAAGGUUAUCACGAAAGGGAAGAGUUGAAGAAAUGAACCUUUUGUACUCAGAGACCGGAAGUCCUCUGCUUAGAAGUAAAGUUAGUUCAAAUAAUUCGAACACACGAGAACAUUUGAAAAACAAAAUGCGUUCGUUUGAGAUACUACCUACUUACCGACGACAGAAAAUGUCUACUUGGGGUCAUAGUUCGUUUGAUCAGAGUGAAGAUGGACACUCGGACACGGCGAGUGUGAAAACAGUGGAGUCUGCAGACGACAUGCUGAACGCUAGCUCCGAAUCGUUGCUCUCGUAUUCUAGUUUACCAUCUUCAGUAGAUACAGUUGGUGAAGUCCAAGUAUCAAUAGAUUCAGAGACUGAACACCAAGGUUUUAGUGCUAUAAAAGAUACCCUUAGUAAAUCGAAUGUUGAAAAUGACGAUUUAGUAUUUGGAUAUAACACUAUUUCGGAAAUGAAGAACACAAAGUGUAAGUCGAAUGCUGAAAAGUGCGUACCGAGAACAAAACCCCCCAAUAUUAGGCAGAGUUUACCGAAUUUACGAACAUCUGACUCAGACGACGUUUUACAAGAUCCUCUUAAGAAUUGUGAGCGAAAAGCUACAAUGCCAAAACCACCAAGAACGAAAAUGCGUAAGAAUCGUGACGUUCGGUGCGCGAGUGCAUCCGGAAGUGACGAAACAGUGCGACAAGCGUCUGUGGGAACCAGUGGGUAUUCAACAGACGAUUGUAGCUUGAAGACGACAGAUUCUGAAGAUGACGUCACCGCACGUGCUUCAGAGGACUCUGCCCAAAGACGGAAGUUAAACACAUAUUUCCUCGUGUUAAAGCGUCGCUCGAGCAUGGCAAUGAGGGCUGACAACUCUGUAAGUCAAAACGGCGGACAAUUUGGUGAGAAUUGCCGUUCUUUCCUGAAGCGGGUCACCAUGUCUGACCUCGCGAUUCCUGAUCACGUGGGCCAACUGACUGACCAAUCAGAGAACAAGAAAGUAUGGGGCGUGGUUCUGGACAUGCUUUUCUGCGUUUUUGAUGACGAAAAAUCAGAAAAGCCCCGUGACGUCAUUGUCCUCCCAGGAUGCAAUAUCAGACCGCUUGUGUACAAAAGUGCUAUAAAUGGUGUACAUAAUAAUUCACAAACUGUGUCAGGGAUUUCUAAAUUCCAGUUUGUCAUAGAUGACUGUAGUUCCAGUCGCAAAUACAUUUUUGGAGUUGAAUCGCAGCAGCAAUUAGAUAUAUGGUACAAGGUGCUGCAGAAAGCGUCCACUCUUGACCCAGAAAUGACAAAUGACAUUUCUACCUCAAACGGUCGCGAAUCUCCCCUGACUCUUAGCCCAAGACGUCUUUCACUGGAUGAAAACAUGUAUAGUACCGGUUAUUUCCCUUCCCAGGACUCACCGAAUCGCAAGCAAAAACUAAGCAGUCCAAGAAGUUCAGAAAGCCUCGAUACAAAUGUAUCCACAGACGACAGUUCUGUUAGCGGUAGUAGCCAUGUGACAUGUCAACCAAGUCCACGUGGAACACCGGGCAUGAUGCGAAACGAAGGCAGACGACAGUCGAUUCAGGAUUUUAAAAAGAAACUGAGACGCGAACACCCUGAACCGGAAGUGUCGAAACAUCAACCAAUCAGAGCUAUGCAUUUUGAAUCGAAGCAAGCAGACGACACCCCUCAUGUUCAACCAGAGAAGAAAAUGAAAGCCUUUGGUAGUCUUGAGAACUUGUUAAAAUUUACCCGUAAGAAACGGAAGUCGCAAAGUGAAGAUUCUGUUUCCAAUGACAGUUCAAGUAUUGUCAGUUCGAAUUCUGCUUCGACAGAGAAUGAUUUUAGUCAGGCGUCAAGAUCGGUCGAUAUUAGUGCACAAGAAUCAAAAAUGGGUAAAAAGAAAAACAAGCGAAUGUCAAGGUCACUGGAAUUCAAAGAGCCGAAAAAUGGCGUUAAUUCAGGUAUAGUCAGACGUGCGUCUGACAUAAAAGACAGAGUGUUCAGCAGACGACCGUCAAAAAAGUCUAUUAAGUUGGGCGACUUACAAGACUUAAGCAUGCAAGGAUAUCUCCAUAAUAAACACCACUUAAAGUGGCAAAAACUUUGGUGUGUCGUAUGCCGUGGAUGUUUCUAUGGUUUCAAAUCGCAAUCAGCAGACGACACGGCCCAACUGUCCGUUCUACUUGCCAAUUGUGCCGUUGUUUAUGUGUCAGAAAAGGACAAGCGACAGAAGCACAUAUACAUUUUCAAACUGACUCGAGAACGUUCAAAAAGCAUUUAUCUAUGUACAUAUGUCUAUACUGACCUUAUGAAGUGGUUGACCGUCCUUCAAAUGGAAUCUAACAGUGUCAUAUCAAAUGUGGACAACAUCAGACGACCGUCUGAGAGCGAAAACGAGAGCAUAUGCUCGUCUUUAUCUAGUCAAAGUAGUUCCAUGGUAACAAUGUCGUCUGCCGCUAGUGCUUUGGCCAAUGAGCAACAGGAAACCUCAAGGUCAAGGUCAAAGACGAAGAAAAAGGCUCCUCCAAAACCGCCACGUCAUUCCUCGUGUCCGCCUCCGUUGUCACGUGACUCAGGGACCUCGACAGGGGAGGAAACUCUCACUUCCGGUAGCAUGAGUGCAACGUGCGCGGACGAGCAGGCGUACAAAUCACAAGACGACUUGCCUCGUUAUGACAAAGCAGUUGCGCAUGUGUGGCAGAACGAUCGCGGGUACCUGUUCAACGCCAUCAGAGCGAAGAUGACGGCAUAUGGGAAGCGGAAGCCGGAAACCAUCUACAACAAGGAAUUGCCGGGUACCGGAAAUGAGGGUCUACUGGUUGUCCAAGAUGGCGGCGAAAGAAAGAGUAGGGACGUUCGAAGGACAAGGUCAUUUAACGUCCACUCCGCAAAAAUGUCUCCUCCAGAGGAACGCGAUGAGGUCGACGCUAUUAGACCAACGUCGCCGACGUCAACGCCAGAAUCUCCGUCAACUUUACGUAAACGUCACAAGCCGCUCGUGGUUAAGAAGGUGGAUGCGCGCGAAUUGGUGGACAAGCAGUCGAUCGCCGGGUACUUGGAACGAAAGAGCGUCAGCGCGCAGUGGAUUAGAUACUGGUUUGUGCUGCACGAGGGGACGUUGUUCUGCUACCUGACAGCAGACGACAACGUGACAGUUGACGUGUUGAAUCUCCAUGGUUACACAGUGACGAGCCUUGUGGACAAGUUUCGUGGAAAACGGUUCGUUCUGCAGCUCUCGCACGAGAACUUUACGUCACUUCACAUAUCAUUUGAGUCACGUGAGGAAAUGGAGAGCUGGGAUGCGUGUCUAAAUGAGGCACUCGAUAUGCAAUCCAGCAGGGUGAGCGACGGAGCAGACAGCACUUUACCAUCUUGUUCCGAGUGCACGAGCAACCGCGAUGACGAGGUGGGCGAGAAGCGAAAGCAGGUGAAACAGAAACUGCUCGAGGAAAUGUUGCGUCAGAAGCACGAGUUGGAGAAGAAACAGGCGCAAAGACAAAAGAAGCAGGGCCGGAUUAGUUUAGAUUCUCCUGAACGCCAGACCCUCCCCGAGUUUACGUUAGAGGACCAACGGACCAGUGACGUCACUCGCCUAAAACAACGCCGGAUGUCAACACAACUUAAGGUUGAUACGAUCCAGAAACAAAUCGAGAAACCAUCUGGUACAAAACGUGGAUUGUUUAGUUUCGGAAAAACUAAAAAGGUGGACGAAAAUAAAAACGAAUACCUGCAAGAUCAGAUAAAGGAACUAAACGAAAAGCUACACAAGAUUGAUACGGAUUUAAACCAUGUGGGAAGUGACAAAUACUACGAUUCAUUUGAUGUGAAUCAAAAUAAAAAGAAUAGUUCAGGGAAUAUGCCGUCACAAUUAAUGACGUCACUUUUAAUGACGUCAGACCGACCGAUUGAUAGCGACGACGAAAAUGGUCGUUCAAAAACAAUCAAAUCGGCAGUGCAGAAGUGGACCAACAAAACUUUUGCAGCGAAAAAGAAACCAAAUUCAAACGGUAAACCCUCUCUUAAUGGGAGUCUCCCAAAUAUGGCAAUGAAAUACAAUGGUGAUAUAAACUUAAACGGUGAUUCCGAACCGGAAACAGACACUUGCUCAGGGGAAUAUCUAGAAAGUAGUGUUACAGACUUGACCCGCCCUCUUGCCGAUUUGAAAUUAAGUUUAAAUCUUCCUCUGUCUGCUUCGCAAAACUCACAAAAUUCGUCCAACGGGUCGUGUUCGCCAUCUUUGAUACAGUAUAACAGAAGCACAAGUCGAACCAGCACCGCUUCGUCGUUAUCGUCACCGAGGCGGGAGAUAAAUCCAUCCGUCCUUGCAGAAAUCGAUGCAUUCGAAGAACUCACGAAGCAGGUGCUUGGAGCGAGAUCGCGUGACGUAACAGCCAAGUGACAUCAUCAGUGACGUCAUACUCUUAACACGUUUUCAUAACUUGAUCAGCUGACACAUACAGACGUUUAUAGUUUUCAUUGUAUUGAUAAGUGUAACACCCCUUGAACAUAGUAUACUUUUAGGAAACAGUUUUCUUUACAACAUUAUAAAUAUUUUUUUUACAUAAUUGUUAAAAAAGUAAAGUGGCCACAUCAUUUUACAAAAUAUUAGAUCUAUAUGUUGGACAGUGCAGGCAAUUGCUCUAUUUUCCCUAUUUUACUGACAUUGGACUCGUUUAAGAUGUGUUUUUUUUUGCUAAUUUACGUGUUUGUAUAUAUGUAUAUAACAAUAAACAUGUGCAAUUAAUUAUGAAAUGUAUCUGUAUAAAUAAAAUACAAAACACAUUAAUUUAAUCAGUUUUUCUAAUUACAAGAUGAAUUUCGAUCGCUGCAAAAUUUAUAGAUGGAAAUAUAAUUCCUGAACCUGCCAAGUAUGGCUGAAACAUACGGGUUACUUCGCCUGGCGUCGUCGUCCCCGGACGACUACGUGUAUGCUCUUUGAACUUGGUAUACGCAUUAGUCAUAUGGACAGUAGAUGGUGCCUAUCGAUUUGAGGGCCAGUAGGUCAAAAUCAUGAUGACCUUAAUUAGAAAACAUAUGAGCGUCUCCAACAUGCGACACCCUCUGAUUCGCGGAAACCUAGUUUCAAUAAAGGCUAAUUGCUAAUAAACGUAUAUAAAGCAUGCUAUUUUUACCAUCUUUGACCGAUGCUACAAUCUAUAGGUUGCGCAUGCCAGAAAUGGUAUCCUACUCACUUAAAAACACUCCGAACGUAGCAACUAAGUUUUCGAUCAUUGUUUUUCCACCAAUCUUGUCAAAAUGAAAAUUGUAAAUGGAACAUUUCUAAUCUUAGCUUUUGGAAAAAACAACAACUUUGAAGCAGUAGUUGCUUUUCUGACCUUCUAGUGAGUUAAAGCUGCUAGGAUCAAACAUAAACAAAAGUGGCGAACUGUCAUAAGAUAUGCCCGUCGUAAUAAUGUUUUGUUUUGUUUUAAGUUUGUGUAUUUAUGCAAUUCACACACACAACUCUGGCAUGACUGAUACGACAUUGCUUAUUAUUGAACAUGGCCGAGAUUAUCUGCCUCAAAUUUGGUGAUAUGAUCGGACAAAACCUCCUCGAAUUACAGCGUAGACAUAUAUGGAGGCUAUUCGUUGCCAAAAGUCCAGACGUGUAUGUGUGUAUUUUAGGUUUGUAACAUUGAUGAUUUACCAAUUUACAUUUUACAACCGCCAACUCAUCGGUUGUAUGUUUACAUUUGACACUGCACAUUUUCAUUUUUCAUUGUACCAAUUGGAGUUUUAUUCUCGUUGCAUCUAUUCAACAAUGAAUUUGGA